ACUAUUCGUAAUUGAUUACUUGGACUUAAAAAUAACUUUGCUUCUCGGAACAUUUCGUUUUCGUAUCGUCAAGUGUAUAUGUAGAAGCAUACUUGUCGCACUUUACAGUUUAUGAUAUAUACUCAUACCGGCUGUUUAUUAACACAAAUAUAAACGAAAACGUUAAAGGUGUCGUGAUAUAAUACAUUGUGUUUCAAAUUUGACAUUUUUCAUUAUUAAUUAUAUUUAUUUAUGUUAUAAAAAAACAAGUAUAUGACAUACAGUAUCAUCACUUGAUCUUAAUAUUCGAUUGCAUAAGACAUUAACCUAAAUUAAUUUACAAAUGGAAGUACAUCUUUAUGGAAUACAAACCGAAAUGUGCAAUGCCUGUUCAAGUUCAGAUGGUCGAUCCAAAAAUGGUUUCUUUUUGUUAAUGCAAUUUCAGUCUAUAUGGUUUACUGCAUUUUCGUUUUUUUGGUAAAAACAAAAGUAAAAUGGAGGAAUUUCAGUUGACUCUAUUCAACAAAAAAUGCAACAAGGAAAAGCUUGCAUCGCUGACGGUGUUCAUCCUCAUUGUGGAUGCAGUCAGUGUAUUCACAGUAAUGUUUAGCUGUGAUGACAGGUCCAGAUUUACAUAUGGGGACAUAAUAAGUAUAGUCGUGAUCGCAUUAUUUAAUGUGUGUGUCUUGGUAGUAGACAUUUACGUAGUAGUGGAAGCUCUACUUUCACGGAAAUCGGACGAUGUUUCAUUACGUUCCAUAUGUAGGGAUUCAGCGGAACGGUUUGACGAUUGGAAAUGGACCCAAAAGUGGAGGCAUUUUAUUCUGAGAGAUCAUCGUGACAUGAAAGGGAUGAUCAGCACUGUUUGAAGAACUAGAUAUGAUAUUUAAUUGUAAAACGAGCAGGAACAGCAGAGGAAGAUUUAUCUUGAAACAAUCAGAAUUAUAGCAAAUAAUUGCAACAGAAGUGUACCUCUUUUCAAUGAAUUUGCAUUAUCAUUUACUUACAUUUUGUUUUAUCAUAUGUUUAUAAUGACUAAUAUACGAUAUGACAUGAAUAUUCAUCCUUUAAUGGAUGUUUAAAACAAAAAUCAUCGAAACACACGAAAUUCGAUUUUAAAUAAAGUUUUUCACUGACAGCAGCUAUGUGAUAAUUAGUCUGUGGCAAAUUUCUCUUAAUAAAUAUCAUUACAACUCUAAAAAAAACAGAUAUAAAAUAGAACACAAGCUAUUUAUGGCUGUUUUUAAAGAACAAUUUUUGACUGAGUUACGUGUCUACUUCACAUGAAAUAUUGAUAAAUGUUGGUUUUUUUUCAUCAAAUUUGAAAAGUGUGCAUUUUACGUAUGUAGUCAUUAUAAUCCUUUAUUUGUUGUUAAAAUUACAACUAACUUCUCAGUGUUGUCCUCCUGACUUAUUCCAUAAUUGUUUUUUUUUUUAAAGUUUGUCUAAAUAUUGUUUCAUUUUUUUCUUUCAAACCUUAUCCAUAUAAGCUGGAAAAAAUUGCGAAUAAAAGUAAGGAGAGUCGUAUGACAUUUGCGCCAAUUUUUAAAAUGUUCAUUCUUUCAUUUACGCCGAUUUCGUAUUUGCUCCUAACUGCAUUUACAGUUUUAACACAGAUGUGUAAAAACUUGUACUAUACUAUGAAGGUAUAUUGGUAAAAUCUUUUUAUAAAAGUUGUUUAUUCAUGAUUAAGUUAUUUUCUUUUUAAAUUGUAUCAGUACGAAAGUCAGACAAAGAAAAGAUGGACUUCGUUAUUGACAAUUAUGACAAAUAUAGAAGAGACGAAAUCACAAGAAAGGAAUUAUAGACUAAAUGUGUUGCCUAUAAACACUCGGCAGAACAGAUUUAUGAUUUUAAUGUACUUAGUAUUCCGUCUUUAUGGAUUUUAAUGCUGUAAACAGCUUUUUUAAUUUGUCAUUUUAGUAAAAACAG